AUGACCUGGUUCCAAGAAAGGGAUAAAAAUUAUAAAUUCUUUCAUGCACAUGUUAAAGGAAGGAGGAAAAUGCUGCAGUUGAAAAGAAUUCAGAACUCUCAGGGUCAAUGGCUUGAGACUGAACAUGAAAUUGCUGAGGAGGCUGUUAGGUUCAAUCAAGCUCAAUUCCAUGAAGCAGUGGUUCCUACUCAGUUUGACAUCUUGAAGCAAGUACCUAUCAUGGUCACAAAUGAUCAAAAUGAAGAGUUGACUGCUGAUCCUACCAUGGAAGAAGUCAAGCAUGCAGUUUUUGGUUUGACUAAUGCAAGUGCUGGAGGGCCUGAUGGUUUCACAGGCAUGUUCUUUCAAGCAUGUUGGGACAUUAUUGGAGGGGAUAUAUUCAAUAUGGUGUGGGAUAUUUUCAGAGGACAUGAACUUCCAAGGUACAUAACUCACACAAAUCUGGUACUUUUGCCUAAGAAGCAGGAUGUUCAGACCUUUGGUGAUAUAAGACCAAUAAGUUUGAGCAACAUUGUUAAUAAUAUUUUCUCUAGAGUUAUACAUGAAAGGAUGGUUCACCUACUGCCUGAAUUGAUUUCACAGAAUCAAGCAGGAUUUGUGAGGGGUAGGAGUAUAGUAGAGAAUAUUUUGUUGACACGGGAGAUUAUUACUGAUAUUAGACUCAGAACCAAGAAAAGGAAUCAGGUUGUGCCUAAUGUAGUGAUGAAACUUGACAUGACAAAAGCCUAUUAUAGGCUGUCAUGGAUAUUUCUCACAAAUGUGAUGAGGAAAAUGGGAUUUUGUGAGAUGUUCAUCAGCUUCAUAUAUGAACUAGUUGGGAAUAACUGGUAUUUUGUGCUUAUCAAUGGCCAACCACAUGCUGCUGAAGUAUUGUCAAGGGCCUUAAAUUCCUUGCAUAAUAACUUGUGGUUUACUGGUUUUGGCUUGCCUAAGUGGAGUCCAAAAAUCAAUCACCUUUCCUAUGCAGAUGACACCAUCAUUUUCUCAUUAUCAUGUGAGAUUUCACUUGGCUUGAUCAUGAAGGUGUUAUCUGAAUAUGAAACAGCUUCAGGACAGUUGAUUAACAAAGCAAAGAGUUCUGUAUACCUACAUGAUGGGGUGGAAGAAGAGGUAUUCAAAAGGUGGAAAGGCAAGAGCAAGAUUGAAUUCUACACAGAACUGAUUGCAAAGGUAAGAAACAGGCUGCAGAGUUGGAAAGGAAAACUUUUGUCCUUUGGAGGAAGGGCAGUCCUUCUACAGCAUGUACUGCCGGCAAUGCCUAUGCACUUGUUGGCAGCUGUUGAUCCUCCAUCAUUUGUUAUUGACAAGUUGCACAAGAUCUUUGCUCAGUUUUACUGGAGUAACAAUAUAGGUGAAAGUGGCAGGCAUUGGGCAAAAUGGAAGAAGGUUUGUCUGCCUGUGCAGGAAGGAGGUUUGGGAUUUAGAUCACUUGCAAACAUGUCUAUGGCUUUGUUUGCUAAGUUAUGGUGGAAUUUCAGAACUAAACCAUCCUUAUGGACUGCUUUCAUGAGCAACAAAUAUUUAAAGAAGAAUAAUCCAAUCCUAGUCCCUUGGAAAGAAGGAUCUCAUAUAUGGAGGAAAAUGUUGCAGGCUAGGGAUAUGAUUGAUCAUCAAAUUUGGUGGCAGCUGAGAAUGGGUUCUUCAUUAUUCUGGUUUGAUAACUGGACUAGACUAGGCCCAUUAUACUUCAUUGUUCCUUCUGAAUUUCAUUGUAAUGAAGCCAUUGAGAAUGUUUCUGAUGUUGUUACUGAUGGUAGGUGGCAUGUACCUGCCAUUAGAAACAAUCUACCUGAGGACUUGGCUGAAUACAUAUUGGCUGAGGUAAAGCCACCUGCUAAACCUGGAGAGAUUGACAAGCCUUGGUGGAUGUUGGAGACAAAUGGAGAAUUUACUGUCAGAUCUGCAUGGGAAUAUAUAAGGAGUAGAGGUGAAAAGAAGGAGGUUUACAAGAAAAUUUGGAUCAAGGGAUUUCCAUUCAAGAUAGCAUUUCUGAUGUGGAGAGUAUGGCAUUUCAAAGUCCCUCUUGAUGAUGCAUUAAAGAGUUGGGGAUACCAUAUGCCUUCCAGGUGCUCUUGUUGUGUAGAACCAAAGGAAGAGAUUGUCCCUCACAUAUUCUUGAGAUGUGCAACUGCACAAGCAACAUGGACAUAUUUUUGUGCAGCAGCUGGAAUAAAUGUUGAUGGUAUGCACUUGCAUCAGUUUGUGCCAAAAUUACAAGUCACCAAGGUCCUGUGGAAAUUUCCACCUGGGGAUAUUUGGAAGUGCAACACAGAUAGGGCAACUAGAGGCAACCCUGGUAGAAGUUCCUUUGCCUUUUGUGUGAGAAUUUCAUCUGGAGAUUUGAUACAUGCAGAGCCUAGGACAAUGGGAGAAUGUACAAAUACUGAAUCUGAGGCACAAGCACUUCUGCAGGCUGCAAGAUAUUGUUUGUCCAAACAUGUUUACUCCUUCAUUCUGGAAACUGAUUCUUUAUUAUUGAAGAAUAUCUUGGAUAGAGAGUGGAAACCUUCAUGGAACAUUGCAUUUGUGGUUGAGGAGCUAUUAGAGAUCAUGGACCAUGCAGAGGUACAGGUCUUGCAUAUUAUGAGAGAGGGUAACCAGUUGGAUGAUCAUCUUGCUAACUAUGCCCUUGAUCAUGGAGAGAAUCAGAACAAAAAGAAGAUAUUGAGGAUGGAUUCUGGUGUGGAGUCCAACAUGUCUCAUCUUACUCAAGUCCUUUUGGAGGAGAGUUAUAAACUAUGCAGUAGGAAGAAGGUACAAGGCAUCAAGUUUCAUCAUCUGGAUCAAAUCUGUCAUGAUAUGGAACAGAUGUGUUUCAAAGAAAAGGAGGGUAAUGCUACUUUGAUUCUUGCACAGAACAUGAUAAGUAUGCAGUUCUAUCAGUGUACCAAAGGGCAAUAUUGCUGGUUUUUCAUGGAUUCACAUAUGGAAAUCCUGGAGAACCUGAGACCUUUAAUAGAUUCAAUAUGA